ACACAGGAAGCCUGGCCUGGGGAGCAAGGGCCCAGCCAGACAAGCUAAAGGCAAAACCCCCACUCAGCUAUCGCCGCAGCUGGGGGACUCCAAGGCAAGCAGAGAUCUGCCAGGACGAGUCGUGCCAGAGGAAGUAGGCUCUAUCUUAAGUAGGCUCCUAGAAACGGACUGAAGGAGGGGACAGGAGGCGGGGAGUGACCUCCAAGAGUUUAAAUAGGUCACCUCAACGCUGGCCACCAAGACAAGCAGAGGGACCCAUGAAAAUCUUCACCUGCGUUCCUGGCACCAUGAUGUCACUUAGGAUGCUGCUCCUGGCCGUCCUGCUUCUGGGGACUUUCCUGCAGCGCGCCAGCACUGCUCGAGCUACCAACGUAGGCCGCGAGUGCUGCCUGGAGAUCUUCAAGGGGGCCAUUCCCAUCAGGAAGCUGGUGAUGUGGUACAGGACCUCAGCUGAGUGUCCCAGGGAUGCCAUCGUGUUUGUGACUGUCCAGGGCAGGUCCAUCUGUUCAGACCCCAACGACAAGCAUGUGAAGAAGGCCAUCAGACACCUCCAAAGGGUACGGCCUUAGCCUGUGACCGUCCCCCGGGAGCAUUGGGAGACUGCAGCAUCGGUGUCCACGACCUCCACCCAAAGCUGCCUGCACCCAGCAGAGGCCUUAAGAGCCCAAGAGAAGCCACAGAGUGGGAGUCCCUGUCCCCCUUUAUGGACUCAAGCUAUAGGCAAAAAAAAACCCCAACUCUGAUUAAAGUCCUCCUCCUGUA